UUUCGCUCGAGUCUCGCCGUCCUUCUCCGCCAACCACUCCAAAAACACCUCCCAGAAAAGCACAUGCGGAGCGCGCACCUGUGACAUCGGGCAACCCUUCUCCACGUGUAGAGCUCCGCCCCGGCUAUCCUGUGGCGAGAAUGGCCUUCUCCAUGUCCGGCCCGGCCGCCUCCAAUGCGCAGGCCAGGCAAGCGGCCGACCUUGACGAAAUAAGCACCGAACUUCUCGGCUUCAGCGCAUUAGGUGGAGCGAAGAAGCUCAAGCUACUCCCUACGCCAUGGCCCGCCGACGCCCUCCCUCCCUCGACAUCGUCCCUGCUGGCUGUCGCGUCGCAAAAGGGCCUCCUCGCCGCAGCUGGCCCUGAAUCGCUCGUCGUCGCAUCGACUGAUGCCGUGCGGGCCGCGCUACACUCCAAGGACCAGGCGCAAGAUGGAAUCAUCAACUUCGAACCGCAGCUCACGAUCCCCGGGCCCCGGCUAUCCCAAGUCGCGUUUACUUCCGACGACCAACACCUGGUGUUAUCAGCAGAGAGCGGAGGUGGCCUGGCGAUACACGACGUCGCGGCCCUCUUGAAUGGCAAAACGGAAUCUACUUUCCAGUUGGCAACAGAGGGCAUGGCGGUUCGGUCACUCAACCCGAAUCCAGCCCCAGAGCAUGCUGAAUUUAUUGCCGUCGUGUUGACUGGUGGUCAAUUGAUGCUGGCCAAUCUCAAAGAGAGGAGUUUUGUCAAGCCAAACAACAACGCAGUUCUCAAGAGCGGGGUCAGUUGCGUGUCGUGGAGCAAUAAGGGAAAGCAGAUGAUUGCUGGUCUAGGCGACGGCACCGCCUUUCAACUCAAGCCGGACGGCUCGGCGCAGGCGGUCGUCCCUAGGCCUCCUCAACUGGAAGGCGAUCAGCACGUGUCCGCCAUAUUUUGGCUGGCUAACGAUGACUUCUUGAUUGUGCACACGCCAACGCAGUUUGAAGCUGACACGGCUCCUGAUUCGACGUUCCAUUUCGUACAUCGCGACAAAGGCUCGCAGAACUAUAGCUUCCAGAAGCUCGUUGACCCGGCUCCUCCCUUCGGCUUGAACCGUUCCCCUCCCCAUCAUUUCAUGGCGCGGCUUCGGAACUGGAAGCCUAGCAUGGAUGACAUGCUCAUGAUUUCGUCAACCGCCGGCGUAGAUGUCGGCGUGGUUACACGCUCCUCGGUGCCGUUAUCUAGCGAUCAACCGAUUACAAAUGUGUACACAACCACGUCCAUAGGCGUAGAUUCCCGGCGCGCACAAAUGCCGUCCAGCAUUGGAGAAGACGUGAUGGACACCUCGCCCAUCGGACUUGCUAUUGACCUUUCCAGCAAAGACAAAGUGUGGAAACCCAUUCAAGGCAGCGAUGUCGAGUGGUCCCCGACCCCCCUUCCACAACUCGUGGUGUUGAACAACGAAGGUUUCUUAGUCUCUUGGUGGGUCGUCUACAAUGCUUCCAUCGAACAGAAUACUGGCUAUGAUGGCCUUGUUACCGUUGGCGGAGGCCAAGCGGCACAGCAAGCUCAGCCUGCCGCACCAACCCCCUUUGGUGGAAGGUCGUCAACCUCCGGGGCCGCACCAGCCUUUGGCUCGUCUGGUUUUGGUGCUUCAGGUACAAGUGCUUUUGGCAGUUCUUCGGCGCUCGGCGGCAGCAAGUCUCCAUGGCAGUCGGCAAGUACUGGUAGCGCCGGUGGAGCUCCAGCUUUUGGCAAACAAUCUUUUGGCACUCCUUCUGCACCUGGGGCAUUUGGACAGCCUGCAUUCGGUAGUGCAUCGAAGCCUGGCGCAACGUUUGGUGCUCCUGGAGGGCUUGGUUCUAAAGGCUCCGUAUGGGGCGCUCCUUCGACUGCUACUUCCCAGCUGACCAAGCCGAGUUCUCCCUUUGGCGGAACAGCAGCGGCUCAGUCCCCAUUUGCGACGUUGGCACAAAAUACCAACAACACCGCUGGUGGAGGAUUCUCUGCCUUUGGCAAACCCUCUACAGCUUCACCAUUUGCUAAUGCUCAGAACAAGCCUGGACAAUCCGCAUUUGGAAAUCCGGCUUUUGGUUCGAACAAUGCUCCAACUCAGAGUUUCGGUGGGUCCUCCGCACCGAGCUUUGCUUCAACAGUGUCGCUGAACUCUUCUGUAGGCGGUUCCACGGUCAAGUCCUUCGGCGCGCCGCAAAACACGAAUCUUUUCGGUCAGAAGGCAGCUCAGCCACAAACAGAGGAAUCCGAAAUGGCCGAUACAGAUGAUCCCCGCAGUCCGAAAGGAGCACAAAAGUCCAACAUAUUCGGCGACUUUAAGCUUGGAACUACGUUCGCAAAAGACGGAACAUCCAAUGACGAUCUCCCUAAGCCCGCGAAUCCCUCUGGCAGCUUUGGUUUGGGUCAAUCUUUCGGCCAAGUUCUGGAUGCGGCGCAGAAUGAAUCAACGGGGCCGAAACCUCCGACUAAGCCCGAAAACCCCUUCGGACAAACCCAAUCUCUCGGUCAAGUUCUGGAAACAGCGAAUAAGGAAUCAUCGGGGCCCAACCCUUCCGCUAAGCCCGAAAACCCCUUCGCACAGGCGUCAAGCAAGCCCGAGAUAACGUCGCCCACGCCAGCUGCCAAGACUCCUAACACGAGCGGAAGUUUGUUUGACAAUCUAGGCAAACAAGGAAAGUCAGGAUCAUCUCUGUUCGGUAAUAUUGGCAACAAGCCGGCUACGAAUGGCGCUGCUCCAACCUUAAAUCCCGAGAAACCCAAGCCAAAGUCUCCGUCGCCACAGCCGAAAGAAGAGGAUGCACCUCUACCACCCGAUUUUACGGCACCCAAGCCCAAGAAGAGUCAGGAUUCGAAAGCAGAAGAUGCGCCGGAGGACGCGCCAUUGCCGCCGGAUUUCACAAAGAAGGCCAAGGAGCCUGAAAGCAAGGACACAGACGACCUACCACCCAUUGCAGGAAGCCCUCCCGUGGAAGUCGAAAAGCCCGAGUCUCCCUCGCCGUCAGAAAACUCUGCAGACAAGGAAGGUGCAAGCUCGCCUACUGCAGCACCCCUCCCUCCUGAUCUCCGCAAGCCAGCCAAUGCCUUCAGUUUCCCUUCAGCCCCGGACACCACGAAGCCAUCUGCGCCACCUAAGCCUCCUAGCCCCUCUAGGUCACCAACACGCCCGGCUGCCCGUGUUGAUUUUGGGGCUUCCACCACCCCAUUUGGUGCUCCUAAGACGCAACCACCUGUCCCUGUUUUCCCACCCAACAAAAAUGAGGAUACGCUUCGUUCGCCGAGCCCAGUCCGCACUGCGUCGGCCUCUGUCCCUGCUACUGGCCCAAGGCGCGAGGCAAUGAAGAUUCCGCCUGCACCGCCGGUCACUCGUGCCACUUCGCGGCCCGCGGCACCAGAGCCCGAUUCCAUCCUCCAGGAUUUACCUGAUGACGAGGAAGCAGAACAGACCCGUAACACCCUCGCAUCCUCUCCGACCGCUACCAAAACGCUCAAGGAGUUUUACGUACAUCAGGACUAUGCAGGACCUUCUGGUCCUACCAGCAUUGCCGGCAGUAUUGAGCAGUUAUACCGCGACAUGCAGAGCAUGGUUGAUACUGUGGGCCUGAACGCACACCACCUCGCUGGGUUCAUCAAAGGUCAUAUGGAAAACGAGGGGCAAGAACGGCAGCGCUCUGACCUUGAAGUCGAUGUGGACGAUCCAGAUGCUGAGGGGAGCUGGUGCCUUGCGGAAAUUGACGAUCUUGAGAUUGUGGAGAACAAUUUGGAAAACUCAUUGGAUCGGGGACGACUUUCCGAUGUUCAAGGGAAGAUUCGCGACCUGAUCCGAUUGUCCAAGGAUGUGUCCCAGCUCCGGAAGCGCCUGCAGGAUGUUCGGAAGGCCAUUGAAGCCCGGAAAGACCCAGCGAAGCUUGCACAAACGCGUGGCACACCGCUUUCCGAAGAACAAUCUGCCCAGCAGCUCACACUUCGUGGUUCCUUCGCUGACACUCAGAAACUGCUGACGGCGGCCGAGGAGGCUAUUGUAUUGCUGAAGACUCGCAUGUCGUCGGCGGAGGCGAAUCGUGGCAGCCCUAACACGCCCACUGCCGAGGCGGUAGAGAAGACGAUCGCCAAAAUGACCGCCAUGAUUGAAAAGAAGUCUGGCGAUCUCGACGUGUUGGAGACGCAGAUGCGCAAGCUGCGUCUUCUCGGCAAUUCCGGCUACGGCUUCGACUACGACGAAGAGGAAGACGACGACAUCGCCGCAGGACUGACGUCGCUGAACCUCCGCAGCAGCCUCGGUCCCAGGAGCAGGGAGGGCAGCCCCGCGUUCGCGACGCCGCCGACUACGAGGACGAAGAUGCUCAACUACGGCACGCCCGGCACUGGCCGGAGCAAUCGGAGCAGCAGGGGCUACGGACUGUUCUACACGCCGGACGGCAAGAGCAGUCCCGCGCCGUUCAGGAGCAGUUUCAACGGUUCCAUGACAGGCCCCAUCCCAGCAAGCAGCCUCGGCGAGGAGAUUACCAAGGAGGAUGUCAGGACAUACAAGGCCAAGCAGGCGAAACGCAGCAUUGUGGCUGAGAAGCUGAGAGAGGCGGCUGCGCGGAGGGGCGGGCCGAGGGUCACGAAAAUCGGCCCUUGAAGCGUGAGUUGGAACAUCCGAGCGACGUGCGAGCAAGGGGAGACAUUUGGCAGGGUUGACAGAAAGGGGAUAGGAGGGGUAUUGGAUAGGUGGAGCGAUGGUGUCAGCAAGUGCUUGUAGGAUAUCACAGUCGGCGCUUGGGGCGGUAGCUAGUGUAGCUAGGCCAGGUGAACUAAUGCAUCACAUUUGGUGCGACUUUUACGGCAUG